UUUUUUUUAUCAGCCACAUUUACAAAUAUCAACUAAAUACAAUAAGCUUUUUUUUACAAAGUUUUUGUUAGAAUCCUUAUUUUUAUUAACUGAAAACCACAUGUGCCGUAAAAGGAAUUCGAAAUGCAUUGUGCAUAUGUAAAAAUACCAGUGAGAAAUUAAUUAAACAAGUGAAAAUUUUAACAAAAUUAUCGCCACCCCAAUUGAGGUUAGAAUGCUAUAACCCACUUUUAAAAGAAAAUUAUAUAGCUUAUAAUAAAAUCAAUCAAGUGUAUAAGUACUCAGUUAAUAUUUUAAUAGUAAACAAAAGGUGGUAACUCCGGCCAUUUAAAUGGUGCUCACUGGUGCCAUGGAGAGACGAAUCAAAUUGAAAACUUUGAAUAGCCACAUAACGUGCAAAAUAUGUCGUGGCUAUUUAAUAGACGCAACAACUGUGACCGAGUGCCUACACACUUUUUGCAAGAGUUGUUUAGUCAAACAUUUGGAAGAGAAGCACACUUGUCCAACAUGCCAAAUAGUUAUUCAUCAAUCGCAUCCUUUGCAAUAUAUCAGUUUCGACAGAACCAUGCAAGAUAUUGUUUAUAAACUUGUUCCCGAUCUUCAAGAAAAUGAGAUUAAAAGGGAAAGAGAAUUCUACAGAGCACGUGGAUUGUCCUGUCCCAAGGACAUUUUACCAAAUGCUGGUGAAAUGGAAGAGGAAAAAUCUUCUGCCGAUACACACGCGGAAUCUGAUUAUCAUCGAGCGGAUGAACAAGUCAAUGUUUGUUUGGAGUGCAUGAAUGCAAGCUUAAAGACAUUAAGACGAAGAUUUAUCAGAUGUUCCGCACAAGCUACCAUAACUCAUCUAAAGAAAUUUAUAGCGAAAAAAGUUCUAAAUGGAAUUGAAAAAUAUCGAGAUAUUGAUAUUUUGUGCAAUGAUGAGCUGUUAGGGAAGGAUCAUACGUUAAAGUUUGUAUAUGUAACGAGAUGGAGGUUCCGGGAUCCACCAUUAAGGUUACAAUAUCGACCACGCAUAGAUAUUUAAAGAAACUCAUUUAAUUACGGGCCAAGUGAUGGGAAGAAUUUUCUGUCGCAUUUUAUCUCGUUUUUUUUUUAAAUUCCAUUUGUCCGAUAUUUCUUAGUACUUAUACAUACAUAUAUUCAACAUGCAUUGAAUAUUUAAGCAAACAUUUAUGAUCGUGCGCAGAUUUAAGAAUGUUCAAUUUUUUUUUCGGGUACCAAAGGUGAAUUAAUUUUAGUAGAUUUUACACAUUUCAUGUGUCCUCCAUUUUUUGAUUAAUUUUAUCUAAUUUAAUUAAUAAUUUCUAUUCGAAUGCCCGCUUUUACAUCAAGCCAAGAACUUCUUGCAUCAAGCAAACGUUAAUAUUUAACAUUUUUUUCCAUUUUGUGGAAAAAUUUUUAAAACCCAGUUUUUUUUUUUUUUUAUCUAAUUUAAAUUUCUCACAUACUUGACAACUUUGAAAUAACAAUGGAUUCUAAAUGAAAAUUUAUUAUUACUGAAAAGUUACGGAAAAAUCUUCAUUUUUCACAAAAACAGACAGAAAAAAUAAUGUUUCUUUUGAAGUAUUUUUUAAUCUAAUUUUAUUCAUUUUUUUGUCAUUUCUUUGAAGUUAAUAUAAAUUUUCAAAUAUUUUAUAAAUUUUAAUAAUCUAAAGUUAAUUUAUCAUUCUAUGAACAUUUAAAUUAAUUUAAAUUUUCAUAAUUUGUUAACAUUUUAAAAAUAAGUGUCAAUAACAAAAUUUAAUAUAGCCAUUUUUAUCCGUUUUUGUGAAAUAAUGUUUUUUUUUUUAUUCAGAAUCUAUCGAUAAUUUCUUAGCUAUUCUCGUUUUUUUUUUCAAAAGAGUUACAGAAAAAAAUAAUCUUUACAAAGAAUGGAAAAUUCAUUUUUUUUAUCGAUUAUUAUUCAAAUUUUUCUCAAAUGCCAAUUACUGAAAAAUACACGUCUGAUAUGUUGAGAUAAAUUAAAACGAAAAUGUAAUCACUGCAAAAGCAAGCUCCAAAGAGCCGUUAGCUGAUCUGUUUGAAUUUUUUUUUAAUAACGUUUAUCAUCGUGAUAAGAUUAAUUUUGUAAAAAUUAUUUUUUAAUCAAAUCUCUAUGACUUUCUCAGUUCUUAGUAACAGAAGAAUAUUGAUUUUAAUCAUUAUGACAGGAUAAUAUUGAUUUUAAUUAUAGUGACAUUUUUUUUUUAAUCGGCUCUAGUUUUUAACUGAUUGAAAAAAAUGGCUAUAUAAUUAGCAUUGAUAGUUGACAUCUUAAUAUAUAUAUAUAUAUUAUAUUUAUACUCGAGUGAUUAAACCACUCUCGUCUCAAUCUGAUUUUUUGAAGACUGAGAUUGUCAAGUAAAAAUCUUGACAGUUUUAUCCUCAUAUAUUGAACACAAUUAAGUCGUUUUGCUAAUUGAGUUUCAAAGGAGGACAAAUUUAUACAUAUACAUUUAUCUUUUAAGUUUUACAAUUACAUGAGAAGUACCGCUUUUAAAGAAAUUUUUAAAUAUAUAACAUUUUUUAUUGUCAAGAUUUCUUAUUGAAAUUUUUAUAUAAAUUCGUAUUUAGUAAAUUUUUUUUUUGUUUUUAAUCAAAAAAAAUUUUAUUGAGAUUUUUAUGGAAAUUCAUGUUCUGAAUGUCAAUUACCAAUAUUUGUAAAAAAAAAAAAAAAAAAAAAAGAAUUGAGGAAAAUGAUGGUUCAUUUUCUUUUAGAAAAUAAUUUUACUUGAUUCACGUCAAUAUUAUAUUAUAUUUAAAAAUAAUUUUUUAUUUUACAGAACUAUUGAAUAAAUUUUCAAUUUUCAAGAAGUAUUGCAAAUACUUUUUAAUUUUUGAUCAAAUUUAAAAAAGUUUUAUUGAAACUGUGACAUGAUUUUUACUUAAAGACAACGUUUUUUUUACUGCGAAAAAUAGAAUUAAAACAAAAGUUGUAGUUUUAAUUUAAUGCAAUAAUUUAAUUUUAGUGAACAAAGUGACUUAGCACUGGCAUUAAGUAUUUUCAACAACUAAAAAAAAAAAAUAUUUGUAACUUUGGAAUAAUUUUUAUCGACUUUUGCGUAUAAUUAUAUAUAUUAUUUAUAAAGUGUAAAUAAUUCUAAUUUUCAAGUGCAAAAAGGAAUCUUCCCUUUCUUCCAUUAAUUACUUAUAGCGUCGACCCGUACGUGUAAUAUUUACAAUUCAGAUAAUUCUAACGAAACCAACAACUUUCAUGCUUAUAAAAAAUGGACGAUCGAACUUUUAUUUAAAAAUUAAUGAUGUUGUAUAAAAAAUAUUUUUGAAGAAAAAACUUUUUAAUCCCAUGUGACUAUUUAAAAAAAAUAUAUAUAUAUAUGUAUAAGUUAAGCAUGAACGUUAUUGGUUGAAAAAAAUUUUUACAUUUAUAUGUUUAAGAGUCGUAAGACUAGUGGGACUUCAAAGUAAAUUUUACUUUUUUGUUAAUUAAACGUUUUUUACAAUUAAAUAAUAAAAAAAAUUAAAUAAUUUUAAAUUAAAAAGAAUAAAAUUUUACAAUUCUUUAAACAAAUUUAGUAAUUUCUCAAAUAAAAAAUUAAUUAUUGUCGGUAAAAGUUGUCAAUAAUAUGUAUUAAUAAAUUAAUAAUUUAAAUUAUAAAUGUUGAUUGUGUGUAAAAAAAAAAAUUGAGUGUAUUUAGUUGUAAUUUUUCAAAUAUUUUGUGGCUGAAUUAAUAUUAAUACUUUGAAGACCCAUAAUUUGGUAACUUAGACUUGAUAUUUUGCUCAACAAUGAUUUUGCGAUGUAAAAAAGAUAUUUGUAAAACUAGAUUUGAGAAAAAAAGACAGUCUAUUAAUAUUAAGUGUAAAAUGAAAUUUUGAGCAAAAUUCAAGACAAAGUAUAUCGCUUGUAGUAAACAAAAUAUGGAAAUGUUGAAAAAAAAAUUAAAGUGUGAUUGUAUAUAACAUUAGAGAAAUCGAAAAAAUUUUCAAGUAGCAGCAUAUGAAAAAAAGCUUGUAUUAUGUACACUGUGUGUAACGCUCUAAAUUAUUUAAUAAAUAUGUUUUGUACAGUAAUA